AUGCGCCGUGCUCGGCUCGACCCCGCCGCGCCUACUUCCUCGGUGUCAGCUCGCACGACCUCACACUCUCCUUCCCCCUCCGCUCCUUCCAUCUCCCCUCUCCUCUCAGCAAAUCAUCUUUCCUCAUCCUCUCCUCUAUCCCCCUCCUUUCAGCAGACUCCCCCUUCCCCCACCAUGAUACCGCAGUACAAGUUCCAGGCUUCCGACCCACAACACUUGACGAUGGGCGACCGGAGGGAUGGUGAUGACCGCCGGAACGGUCAAAAGCACUACAUCUCCGAACUCACUGUCGACAUCCCAGGCUCAAGGAGGCGUACGGACACUGAGCCCCCGCCCAGCCGGUGGGGCACUUUAGAGUUCAAGUUCUACAUCGCGGCGUUCAUUAUCGUUGUGCCGCUGCUUGUGUGGUCGCCGAUCAAUGUCAGCUCACCUCACAACCCCAACUAUCCUUCCUACGCAAACAGAUUGUCGUCGGGAUGGUUCAUCUUCUCCGAAGUCGACGACAGCGACCACCAGUACCACACGUUCCGGUCCGGCUUCCCCUCGCUCGUCGCACUCGCCGUGGCCUUCCUCAUCCCUUCCCACCUCUUCCGCAAGGCUGGCUUUACGAGCGCAGCUGCACGCGCGCGCUUUGUUGUCACGUUCGCUCUCAUCAUGCUUGUGGCGCUGCACGGCAUCAGCGCGCUCAAGGUGCUGGCGAUCCUGGGCGCAAACUUCUGUGCUGCGCGGGCACGCAAGCCUGCGGCAGUCGAGCGCGCGUGGCCGUUAAUCGUCAUCGUCGGCAACAUGUUGAUCUUGUUUGCCAACGAGAAGUUUGACGGGUACCACUUCUCCGCGAUCCAUUCCGAGCUUGGCGCAUUGGAUGACCUCAAGGGAGUAUAUCCGCGCUGGCACGUCUCGUUCAACAUCACGAUGUUGCGCAUCGUCUCGUUCGCUCUCGAUUACCAUUGGCGGGCGCAACCGCAGUCGACGCCGCCAACAGACCAGAGGGGCCGGGCAGCCCAAGCACAUCCCGAGGCCGACUACAGCUUGGUUAACUAUCUUGCGUACACCCUAUACCCUCCGCUGUACAUCGCCGGUCCGAUCAUGACGUGCAACGACUUUGUGUGGCAACUUCAGCGCCCGCUCGACAUCACCAACCGAGAACGCAUCAAGUACCUCAUCCGCUUCGCCUUUUGCAUGCUCGCAAUGGAGUCCAUCAUCCACACGAUGUACGUUGUGGCGAUCAAGGACGCGCGCGCGUGGGUCGGCAUGACGCCCGCCCAGCUCAGCAUGAUCGGCUUCUGGAACCUCGUCAUCGUGUGGCUCAAGCUCCUCAUUCCAUGGCGUUACUUCCGCUUGUGGGCCCUGUUCGACGGCGUCGACGCCCCAGAGAACAUGGUCCGCUGCGUCGCCAACAACUACAGUGUCCUCGGCUUCUGGCGCUCCUGGCACAGGAGCUAUAACCUGUGGAUCGUCAGGUACAUCUACAUCCCUGCUGGCGGUGCCAAGCGUGUUGUGCUCUCGACCUUCCUGGUGUUCACCUUUGUUGCCCUCUGGCACGACCUCAGCUUCCGCCUGCUGGCCUGGGGCUGGCUCGUCACGCUUUUCAUCAUCCCGGAGAUCACCGCGCGUGCGUUGGUCCCAGAGAAGAAGUACGGCGACAAGUGGUGGUACCGGCACGUCGCGGCGAUAGGUGGCGUUGUCAACAUUCUGCUGUUGAUGGGCGCCAACCUUGUUGGCUUCGUGCUCGGCCUCGACGGCAUGCAGCACCUCCUUCACGAGCUCGUGACGACACCGCAAGGGUGGGGAUUCAUGGCGUUCGGGACCAGCUGCCUUUUCAUCGGGGUACAGAUCAUGUUUGAGUAUCGCAACGACGAGGCGCGGAGGGGAAUCGAUAGGAGGUGUUAG